AUGACUGGUUCUGAUUCAGAAGGUAUAACAGCUGUUGUGAAAGAGUUAACUGUUGUUUUUGAUAUGAAGGAUUUGGGAUCCUUGUCUUAUUUCUUGGGAAUAAAUAUAAAGUAUUUGCCAUCUGGUAUUUUGCUGUCUCAAGAAAAAUAUGCUCAAGAUGUUAUUAAGAGAGCAGGAAUGGAUACAUGCACUAGUUGUAACACUCCUUGGCUACCUCACACACAAUUGUUGAAGACAGAAAGUACUCCUCUUGUUGAUGCUACUCUUUAUAGAAGUAUUGCACUGCAAUAUCUUACCUUUACAAGACCAGACAUAGCAUAUGCAGUUAACACAUACACUUUGAGCAAAGGCUUGUUUUAUAUGUAUGCAUCAAAUGUCACAUAUGUUACUACUUAUUGUGAUGCUGAUUGGCUAGUGAUAUCAAUCAAAGAAGAUCUACUACUGGUUUUGUGGUUUAUGUUGGUUAUUGUCCUAUUGCUUGCCAAUCCAAGAAGCAGGGAUCUGUUUCCAGAAGCUGAGUAUAGAGCUCUUGCUAAUACUGCAGCUGAAAUCUCUUGGUUGAGACAUCUUUUGUGUGAUAUGAAGAUUGUGAUUCCUACUCCUCCUUUGUUGAAGUGUGACAAUCUCUCUGCUCUAGCCUUGUGUUCUAAUCCUAGCCUUGUGUUCUAA